ACGAAUCCCGCCAUGAGAUACUCGUCCAUCUGGACAGCGCUCGUCCUGGCAGCGUCUGCCGUAGCGGUUCCUUCUCCGAAGACCAGUCUCAGGGUUAAGGAAUCAAUCGCAGCUCCCAGGGGAUGGGUCAAGCGAGACGUAGCGCCCAGGGAUUUGCGCAUCAACCUGCGUAUUGCGCUUCCGCAAUCAAACUUUCCCCUGCUUGAGCAGCAUCUCUAUGAAGUCAGUGAUCCGUCUCACGAACGCUACGGGGCACACCUUUCACAAGCGGAGGUGAACGAGCUGAUUGCUCCGCGCCCAGAAAGCGUCGAGAAUGUAAAGGCUUGGCUUGCGGCGCACGGCAUUCACCAGGAAGACCUGUCUCAUUCUCCUGCUGGAGAUUGGAUUAAGGUGACAAUUCCCGUAGGUCUGGCAGAAGAGAUGCUCGACGCGAAAUAUCAUAUCUGGGAACAUUCCGAUGGCGACACACUCGUUCGCACAACGUCAUAUAGCGUACCGGAGCACCUUCAUGAACAUGUGGAACUCAUCCAGCCUACGACACUCUUCUCUCGUUUCCGCGGUAUGAAGACCACCUCCCAUUUCGUCCAGAACAAGGCGCCUUCAGCUGCUACCACUGACGCACCUGCCAUCAACGUUCCGUCGGCUUCGAACGGGCAAGUUGAUGCCAGCUGCAACAAUACGAUCACCGUUACAUGCCUGAAGGAGCUAUACAACGCGGUUGGGUACACUCCGCUUGCCAACACCGGCAACCACAUCGCUGUCACGGGAUACCUCGAUCAAUUCGCCAACUUCGAAGAUCUGCAGCUAUUCUUCGCAGACCAGGUGCCCGCCGCGGUCAACUCGUCCUUCAACGUCAUCUCCGUCAAUGGCGGGCAAAACAAUCAAAGUGAGCCGGGUGGCGAGGCGAACCUUGACACUCAAUUUGGGUUCGGCAUUUCGCACCCAAUUCCUGCCACGUUCUAUACUACAGGAGGUAGUCCACCGUUCAUCCCAGAUAUCGGAACCCCUACUGAUACUAAUGAGCCUUACCUCGACUGGGUGGACUUUGUGUUGAGCCAACCGAAUCUACCACAAACGAUAAGCACGAGCUACGGAGAUGAUGAACAGACAGUACCCUUUAGCUUUGCCCAACGAGUCUGCAACAGCUUCGCUCAGCUCGGUGCUCGUGGUGUCACACUGACGUUCAGUUCUGGAGACAGCGGCGUCGGAGACGGGGACCCUGACCCUGCGACCCAAGAGUGCUUCUCGAACGAUGGCCUGAAUAGAACAGAGUUUCUUCCCGCUUUCCCCGCAUCGUGUCCAUUCGUCACCACUGUCGGUGGUACCGUUAAUGUCCCCGAAACCGCUAUCUUCUUCUCGGGCGGAGGCUUCAGCAACUUCUUUGCGCAACCGUCGUACCAAUCUGCCCAAGUGGAAGCUUACCUAGCCGCGCUCGCCCCGGGGACGUUCGCGGGCCUGUUCAACAGAAGCGGUCGCGCCUACCCAGACGUCGCAGCACAGGCUGAUAACUUCCUCAUCUUCUUCGAGGGUCAGCCCACAGACAUUGCCGGCACCUCUUGCGCUGCUCCGACCUUCGCGGGCUUCGUCUCCUUGUUGAACGACGCAAGAAUUCGAGCGGGCAUGCCGAGCCUCGGAUUCCUCAAUCCGUUGAUCUACAGCCUGAAGGGUGCGGGGUUCAACGACAUCACGACUGGUAACAACCCUGGCUGCGGCACUCCUGGUUUUAAUGCCACGGAGGGUUGGGAUCCAGUUACUGGUCUGGGAACGCUAAACUUCGGCGAACUGAAAGGCCUUAUCGUUUAAGCGUCAGUAUGGCCGUUGGAAUGUGUAGUAAAGUCGAGUACAUGGGGAACAUUGUAUAGCAGAAUCCAGAACAGAGGUAUUACAAAGUACGCAAGCGGCGGCGAGUCCGUUAUUCAAGCUUUCGUUUUCGUUCU